CAGCAACAUUUCGACUGUUCUUUUUGUUGAACUGUUCUGUUUAAACCUUAUUCUAGCCAAAAUACAAUGACUAAAAACUAAUAUCAAUUGAAACAAAAACAGUUUUUCCAGCUGGACAACCUAUCAUGCAAGGGCAAGCUUGGCCUUGGAUGUGGCUUCUGUUCGGCCAUCUCCUGGUCCUGGCUGUCACUGGCCACGGAGAAAACAACGAACACGAUAAGACGGAGCUGCACCCAGUGUUUCUGCACGAAAAUUGGACAGCGCCCAUCGCCACCACGGGAUUGCUGUAUCCACGCGAAUCGGAGACGCGGGAGGUGCGCAGCCUGGACGGAAUGUGGCGCCUGCUUAUGAGCCAACCGAAUGAUCCGCUCCAGGGGAUUCGGGAGAAGUGGUACGAGAACAGUCUGCAGAAGACUGGUCAGGAGAUUCUCCCCAUGCCAGUUCCGGCCUCCUACAACGACAUAACCACGGACAACAACCUGCGCGACCACGUCGGCACCGUCUGGUACGAACGAACUUUCUUCGUACCCCGCUACUGGAUAGAAAAUCGCCGAACCUGGUUGCGUUUCGGCAGUGUCCACUAUGCGGCGGUCGUGUGGAUCAACGGGAGAAAUGCCAUGCGCCACAGCAUUGGGCAUCUGCCAUUUGAGGCGGAGAUCACCAACCUCCUGAAUUUUGGUGGCGAGAAUCGGAUCACGGUUAUGUGCAACAACCGCCUGACCAACCGCACUGUUCCCCAGGGGCAGGUAUCUACAGUGAAGACGGAUAAUGGCGAGACUCCUAUCCAGAGCUACACCUUUGACUUCUUCAACUACGCCGGAAUACACCGCUCCGUCCACCUUUACACUACACCCGUGGUCCACAUUAGCGAUAUUGCCAUCAGCACGCAACUAUCCUCCGACCAAGUGGGACGCAUUGACUACCGCAUUUGGUUAGAUGGCACCACGGAAGAUUCUACGAUGCAGCCUACGCAUGUUCUCGUUCAGCUGCGGGAUAGGGAUGGAGUUGUAGCGGCCCAGCAGUUCAACCGCGCUGUCUACAAUGGAACUCUCCUGGUGCCAGGCCCGAAACUCUGGUGGCCCUACCUUAUGCAUCCCGAGCCAGGAUACCUCUACAGUCUGGAGUUCGAACUAUUCAUGUCCAGGAGCGACGGCGAUGAUGGGAAGGAGCUUCUAGACGCCUACAGACUGCCCGUUGGUAUCCGCACCCUUAGCUGGACGAGUACGAGCCUGCUCCUGAAUGAGAAACCUCUGUACCUCCGAGGAUUUGGCCGUCACGAGGAUUCUGAUAUUCGGGGCAAGGGUCUGGACAAUGCACUCCUCGCACGGGACAUUAACCUAAUCAAGUGGGUAGGGGCCAACGCCUACCGAACCUCGCAUUACCCCUACUCGGAAGAAUCGAUGCAGUUCGCGGACGAGCAUGGGAUCAUGGUCAUAGACGAAUGCUCCGCCGUCAACAUAGACCUUUUCGAGCCGGAACUGCUGAGCAAUCACAUGUCCGCGCUGGAACAGCUCAUCCACAGGGACCGCAACCACGCUAGUGUCAUCGCCUGGUCGGUGGCCAACGAACCGCGCUCCUUCAAGAUGGGGGCCCUCGGCUACUUCCAGGCCCUGGUAAAUUACACUAGGAGUAUAGCCCACGGACGACCUCUAACGGCAGCUAUAAAUGCCAGUCCCGAUCCGCCCAAGCAGUGCCACCUGGCUCCUUUCCUGGACAUCGUCGGCUUCAAUCGAUACAACGCUUGGUACCAGAACUCGGGACGCACGGACAUGAUCGUCAAUCUGCUGACAGAGGAGGCCCAGCGCUGGCACCAGAACUUCGGGAAGCCCGUGAUCCUCUUCGAAUACGGUGCCGACACCAUGGAGGGCCUACACUCGCUCCCAGCCUACAUCUGGUCCGAGGACUAUCAAGUGGCACUUUUCUCGCAGCACUUUAAGGCUUUUGACAAGCUGCGAAAGCAGAAGUGGUUCAUCGGGGAGUUUGUGUGGAACUUUGCCGACUUCAAGACGGCCCAGACCUACACCCGAGUGGGUGGUAAUAAAAAGGGCGUCUUUACGCGUGCCCGACAGCCGAAGGAGGUUGCCCAUAUUCUGCGCUGGCGGUACUUUGCCCUCGCAAAGGAGUUGGACAGGGUACCCGUGCCUAAGCAUCUAAAUGUGUACAUUUCCAGCCAGACCGGGCAGGCACACAUUGAGCUAUAGAGGUGAACGAUUUUGCUCCCAAAAUGUAUGUAUUCCUGCAACUACAUAGAUCUCGGAUCCAUGCUUUCAUGGGAUGUAUCUUGUUUAUAGCACACAUUAGCCACAAAUAUACGGAUGUACUAACA